UCCCUCAAAGGUUGCUGCUGCUGCCUCUUUCUCCUCCUCAUCUUCCUCGCCCUCCUCGCCGUCGCCAUUGCCCUCGUCAUCGUUCUCGCCGUCCGCCCCAAGAAGCCCCAGUUCGAUCUCCAGCGCGUCGGCGUCGAGUAUCUUCUGGUCGCGCCGACCGAUUCAUCCGGCGACGGGGUUACCUCGUACUCAUCGUCUCCGGCGGCGUACCUUUCGCUGAACACCACGCUGCUGUUUACCGCAGUGAAUCCGAACAAGGUCGGGAUAAAGUACGGCGCGGCGGAUUUGUACGUUCUGUACCGCGGCGUGCCGCUUGGGAUCGCCGUCGUGCCUGGCUUUGAGCAGCCGGAGCACAGCACGCGGCUGGUCGAGUCGAGAGUGAGCGUGAGCCGAUUCAAUGUGCUGCAAUCUGAUGCGGUGAAUCUUGUCCGCGACGCCGCCGUGAAUGAUCGCGUCGAGUUACGGAUCACCGGCGAUGUUGGUGCCAAGAUCCGCCUGCUCGGGUUUACUUCACCUAGGGUUCAGGU